CGGGUGACCAAUAAUGGCGGAUGUUGACGACUGUUAUGGAAAAACAAGUUUUAAAAAUGUUUGAUUAUCUUGCUUUACUUCCCCGCUUUCCAGAUGUCUACCAGAUGUGAAGAAGAUUUAUUGGAAGCCGCAUUACUCCUUACCGGAGAAGAAAACACUCCGAAGAAGGUUGGCGACGAUGAAGGAAUUGAACUAGAAAAUAUUCAAAUUGGAAAAGAGUCCUCAUUUUGUGGCCUAUCUUCAACUGAAGCGUUUGAUCGUACAUGCAACAUUAUACAUCAAGAAAUUUUGACGUUGAAAUGCAUUGAUGAUAGAUGGUCCAAUAACUUUAUGAAAAUGUUACAAAGCUCUUCAGCAUGUCUCAAUUGGAUCUCCUUGGUCCUUAUGUUGCUUCAAUUAUCCCUUCUUAUUGUUGGUUUUGUUUUUCAAGACAAAAGAACUAGCUUGCCUAUGGUUGAGUUGGUUGUCAUGGUGAUAAUGACUACAAUAAACACAGUUCUUGGUGUAAGAGAGGAGAGAUUGAAGAAACGAGAAAUCCCUGAAAAGAUGACAAGAUUUUUAAAACUUUACCAAUCGCAAGAUAGACAAGAUUUGCUCUCGGAGACGAUGCUUCCAAGUAUUGCAACACCUGUAUCUGAUUCGCUUUCUUUAGUUUUGACAUAUCGAAACAGGAGACUAGUCAGAUUACCUGCAAACCUGAUUGUUGAAGGAGAUAUAGUUUUAUUGUGGCCCGGACAGGAAUGCCCUGCCCAACUUCAACAGGUCUCUUGUUCCAGUGAAAAAAUAUAUGAAGCUGGGGAAAUAUUUGAUUUUCAAUUUGAUGAGCCACAAGGUCAGAGGAGUUUAUCCUGUGAACCAGCUUCAUGUCGGAAGCUAAAAGUAAUCAAAGCUCCUCUUCAUAAUCACUUGCGGAGUAUAUUUACAAGUUGUUUGGUUCGUCCAUCAAGUUUGCUAGAAAAUGAGAGAGUUUACAUUACAAAGUCAACAUUGGAGUUACGAAUCAUACCUUUAAUUCUUAUUUUGUCGUUUGUCAUUAAUUUGUUGAGAUAUAAGAUUUCACGAGAUGACUUUGGAUCAUUCUCUGAAAUGAUUUUUCUGCUUCAAGCUGAUGUCAUGAUCCCAUUGUUACCCUUCAUGUUCCCAUUGAUCUGGAUCAUAAUCACAUGUUAUGGAACAGCGAGAAUUUUUGUUCUGUUUCAAAUCAAAGAACUUCAGGUUUCUGAGAAACUUUCCCUUCUAUCGAGAGAAGUGAGGAAUCAUUUGUGGAAAACAUUGAAUGGAGACUCUGAUACUCUGCCUCGUUCUGCCAAUCUCCUUCACACCCUUGGAAGCAUCAGUAUUUUGUGUUGCGUCAACAAAGAUGGUAUCUUGGCAUCACCGAAUGAAAACUCCGAAAAACUUUUUUUCUUUCGAAAACGACGAGAAAGGCGCAGUAAGAAAACGUCUUAUCACAGUCAACCUCGAGGGGACGAUUACAAGCAUGGAUUUUCGACCAUGACAAACGUUAUUGAGGAAGAUGAAGACUCCAGUGUUAGUCCGACAAUCCAAAUUCCCCACUCAAGCAAUGAUGAAGAGAAUUCUGGGAUCUAUAUGCAACAUUCACAACACAGAGAUUAUGCAACUGUUGCACAUCCAGAGGUCUUAACUCUUUCUGCUGAUCCAAAUAGCGAGUUUGGUGUUGUUUUUGAUGACAUUCGAUGGCGUCGACACCUGAGUUCUUUAAAACCUUUGGGUCUCAAUGUCUUGCUCAAUACACCAUGUCUCUCAUGCUUUAAAAAUAACGUUGUAAAGGAUAAUGAUGGUGACAACGGUUUAUACAUGGCUGACGUUCCACGGUACUCUAUGAGAAGAUGUUUAUGUCGUCUUGGAAAGCAAAUUGGUUUUCUUGAUUCGGCAGUUGAUGAAUUUGAACGAAAGUGUAAUAUAUUUGCCUUUAAGACAAACUUAAAUGACUCUUCAAUUCAAUCUCAUUCAUUUUACUCAAAAGAAAUCUCCAAGCCAUAUUUGGUGUCAGUAGUUGUUGAACACAAAAAGUCAGGUCUUCAUCAGUUGUUGUCUCAAGGAUCUGCUGAUCUCAUUCUUGACGUCUGCACUGACUUCUGGGAUGGAACCGAAGUUCAUCCGCUGACAUUUUUAGAAAGGAAAAGAAUUCAAGAUUUUUUUCAUCGUACGAGCCUGACAUCCAACUGUAUAGCAUUGUCCUAUCGUCCAUUGAUGCAGAAUUGGAAAGGCUUGAAUCACGAUGUAUUUCUUGAAAUACCCGAAAACGUGGAAUGGAUAUACAAUGAUAGCGAUAAUGGAAGUUGGUCAAGCUCUAUGUCGGAAACGUCCAACGAGAAAGAGCAGUGUGAUGGACAGUUGAAGGAUGGAAACAAGUUAGACACAGACUGCUACCAAAGAAUCAUCUCUGGUCAAAUCUUCAUUGGAAUGAUUACUUUAAAACAUAAAGCAAAACAGGACAUCCCUCCUCUGGUAGAGGACUUAAAUAGGGCUGGUAUUCGUUUUGUUCAUUUCUCGAGCGAGAACGAAAUAAAAAGUCAAGUGUUUGCCGAAAGAUUGGGUCUAGAGACUGGUUGGAAUUGUCACAUCUCAUUCAAUGAGAAAAACGCUGGUUUUGAUGAGCAUAGUACAGUGACUGCAGGCUCGGAUGGGAAAAUGGAAGAUACCGCUGAUGAGUUUGUAGUGUCUCACGUACUACCGGCUCACGAUGAUCGAUAUAUGGAUUUUGACGUCACUUGUGAUGAUGAUGUUGACAAAGUCACUAAUGAUGAGGAUGAUAUUUAUGAAGGAGUAUCAUCAGGGGUAAUUGUGGAUCAUGUUAAAAUGAUGGUAAACAGAGAGAAAAAAGGAAUGGAGGAGGAAGAAUCGAAAGAUUUUCGAAACUCUUUUCGAUGUUUUACUUUUACCAUAGCACGUGACCGGAAGUUAAGUGUGACAACAUCGUCAUCGGCAACGACUGACGUUGAUGACAAGGAUCGCGAUGGUGAAUUAUGGUUUCCAAUUGGCAAUCACGCAAAACUUCCUCGAGGUGUAAAAAAUAUUCGACCACAUUUAGAGAAUGUUGACAACGUGCCCUUAUUGGUGCCACUCUUUACUGACUCUACCCCUCAAGAUGUACGUGAGAUGAUUUCAAUCAUGCAGGAGAAUGGAGAAGUUGUUUGUUGUGUUGGUAGCUCACUGAAUGUCGAUAAUGUUGAAAUAUUCAAUCAAGCAGACGUAAGCAUUGCCGUGCGCCCAAGCAUUCCUCGUGUUUGUCUGAAAGAUACGUCAUGUAACCCAAAUUAUUAUCAGUUAUCGGGAGAUGAAACUUUAUGUAACACGAGUUUGCUGAAAAAUGAAAACGACAGUUUAUUCUUUUGUGGAAAUUUCUCUCCGCUUUCUGUUAGUUCAUCAUUAAAUGGUAUUUCGUGUUCAUUAAACUUUCAUCGAGAUUGCGACAUUAAACUUGUCGCUCUUCUUAAAGAGGCCCGUCGUCUUUGUACUGGUAUCAGGGUUUGUAUGACGUUUAUGUUGGCAUGCCAACUGACUCUCUCGCUUGUAAUGCUGACGUCAUCUCUAUUUUUGUUGCCACCUGUUCUUACUGGAUUUCAUCUGUUGUGGUUCACAUGUGUUCUCGUCCCAGUCCUCAGUGUUCCCCUCAUCAACACGGAAAACGAUUCACAACUUAUGACCGCAAUUACUGGAAAAAACGACAAAAAAUUCAGUGGUUACGUGUCAUCGUUUGUUCGUUACCAUGCCCUUCCGUUCCUGCCGUGUAUUUUGGUCUGCAAUGCCGUAAUCUUUCCUCUCAUUCUCUGGUCGAUCUGUUCCGAGAACACCACGUCAUUUAACGACGACUGUCAUUAUUUAUUGGGUAACAGGAGUCGUGUCAAUGAUUGGAAUGGUCUGGCUGGAACUUACCAUUUGGCCUUGGCUCAGGAUAUAGUUGCUUUCUUCCUUAUGUUGUGUUUCGUGUUUAUAUCUGCAAGUUAUGUUCAUCAUCUUUCUCAUCUUUGGAAACGGUCGCCAUUCAACAACAAACCAUGGAUGUUCGCUGUUAUUAUUGUCUUUGUGUUACAACUGUUGAUAACAACUAUUUCUCAAUUUUGGUGGCGAAAUGAAAUGGAAAAGAAAUACUCCAUUGUGGACCUGCAUUAUUCAAUAUAUUGCGUCGUGUUUGUUUAUCCUUUCGUUCAACUGGUGUUUUGUGAAUUAUGUAAACGUAAAUACAUCAAAUUCUACAUCCGCUAUCAAAGACGAGCCAAGUUAAAAUUUGGGACAAAACUUGGAAUGAAUUCACCAUUUUAAAUCAAGAGACUUUAAUCUUAUUAUUUAUUAAAUAAUUUAAGUGAGUCGACGUUUUACGUCGAAAAGUCGACGUUUUACGCAUAUACUUUCCACGUAUCCAAUCAAACAACUCAAAACAAAUCCAUAACUUUUUGAUGGAAAAUACCAAUUUGUACCACUGCAUUGUUUUUUCAUUAACUCUGUUCUCUUAUGGUGCGUAUUAUGAUGUUUUCAUUGUAAAUUUCAACUCUUGCGAAUUUCAUCUUUUUGCUCAUUUUGUUUGUAGUAUCGUCGAAUUGUGGAAUUAUAUCACCUGUGUCAGUAAAAACGGAAGUGCUUAAAUCUGGCUUUCAUAGAGAGAUUGUCACUAAUAUAUCAUGGAUCCUUGAAUCUGACAAGGAUAUAUCAACUUGUGAGAUAUUGUUGGUUCAACAUGUACCACGAGGGAUGUAUGUGGAUCCUGAUGAAAUUCGAUCUAAGGAUUUAAACGAGGUUUUAUUGUUAGGAAAUUUGAGUGAUUUUAACGUAGAACUUCCAUCUCAAGUUUCCAAAGACUUGACAGUACUUCUUUAUCCACAAGUUGUCAUCAACAAAUACAAAAGUUAUGUAGAGUUUAAAUCUGGGUACUCCCUUCCUGUUCAUGUACGUUAUCAAGCUCCAGUAGAAGGCAAUGACCGCUAUGUUUUGUUAAAUAUUCCAUCCCAAAAAAUCUUUUCUCGUUGCCAAGGUUUUUUACAAGACUGUGAAACAGAGAAUGUUGGUCAAGUUGAACAUCCCUGUAAAGAUAACUACGCAUUGAAAUGUCGAUGGUAUGCAUCAAAAAUCACCAUAAAAUUUAAGAAUGAGAUAUGGAUACCUGUUGGACAAAGGAAUCAUGCAUUUCUAGUUUCUUUCGUUACUAUUUUAGUGAGUUUAUACUGCUCUUAUAUUCUUAUUAGACUGCCAGUACUUGUACUAUAAUAUAUAUAGUUCUCAUUCAUUAUGCUGGGUUGAGUCAA